CUUUUUCCUCCCAUCAGCCAGCAGCUUCCGGUACGUGACCAACGUGAGUUUUUCUCUUUUCCUCUCAGCAGAGAGAAACACGCAGACAUGCCCCUUGCAAAAGAUUUGUUGCACCCCACUCCUGAGGAGGAAAAGAGGAGACACAAGAAGAAACGGCUUGUGCAGAGUCCCAACUCCUACUUCAUGGAUGUCAAAUGUCCAGGUUGCUACAAGAUCACCACAGUAUUCAGCCACGCUCAGACGGUAGUGCUUUGUGUCGGCUGCUCCACAGUUCUUUGCCAGCCGACGGGAGGAAAAGCUCGCCUGACAGAAGGAUGCUCUUUCAGGAGAAAACAGCACUAGUGUUACCAAACCUGGUUGCACUGGUGAGAAGGAGAACUUGAUGGACGUCAGGUUGACGCUGCUAAAGAUGCAACGUGGGAAAAAGGAAAGGAGACAACGGGAAUAAAUCAUGUUAAACCGUUUGUGUAAAAGAAGUAAUGGGCCCAGCUGGAAUCCCUCAAACACCUAAUAUCUUCUAAUUGUUCUCUCUAAAUAAACCUGGGAUUCAUAAGUUGAAAUAAUUUCACGUUUGUCAUCCAGUUUACUGCUUUUCAUCCUUUGACGGGUCUUGAUCCCACUGUCAGCUUACAUGAUGAGAGAUGCUGUUAAUUUGUAGUUCUGGGUCUGAAUUUAUCGCUUUAAGCCACACAUUCAUGGGAAAUUGAUCUUAAUGAUACUGGGCUACCUAACAAAAUGGAUUCCCGCAGAUCUUGUUCGAAAACACUAAAGCUGUUUUGAAGAAGUGGAGAGUCUGCAGAUGACGCAACAGAUUAUCUUUGCUGCAGUUUUAUGUAAAGGCCUCGAGAAAUACCGGCAUUAAUAUCUCAAUGCUGCCAUCACUCUUGAGGGGUUGAUAAUGGGGAAAGCCUUGCUUUGUGAAAUGCAGCGCCCCGAGGUGAUAUGUUAAAUAAAACCGAGGAAUGUAGUUGUACUUUUGAGCCUUCAACUUCCUGUGGAAAUUAAGGGAAUUGAGUUCAGCAGGAAUGUGAAUAUUUGAAGCACCUUUCUGUUAAGGUUUGGGGGGAAUUAUUCAAUGAUAAGUUCAUUGUUGCCUAUGCUUAUUUGUUUGUGUUUUGUGGACACAACUUGUUAAUAAAAUCAUGGGAAAGGUGA